UUUAUCCGUUGUUCCGGAGUCGAGCCGAGCGUUUCGUGAAGUUCACAAAAGGUGCGCGGUCUCACAGCUGUUUCCAAAUUCGUUCGCGGAUCAUCGCGGGAUGCUGGCCAGCGGGCACGCGCGUUCGCAGACUAAUCCAAUGUACUGGCGGGUCUGAGGAUUGUACAGGAAAAAGGACGGGGGCCUCUCCUGUAGUGUCUGUCGACCGCGUCGCGCGCGAUUAACCUACGCGAAAUUCCUCCUUUACAGGCUGACCUACUUCUCAUCUUGAAACGCGCUUAAAGUUGGAUCAGCGGCCAGACCCGUGUGCGGAUCAUGCUACGGCCAGUCUUUUAAAUUAUUUACAUAUUUAUAUCGACACAGCAUUAUGCCAGAUAGGAAUAAAGUUUUGGUUGGUGCUGGAGUAAUAUGGGGUGUGACUCUUUGCUGUUUUUUAUUCAGUCGCAAGUUGAGACCCACAGCACUGUUAAAUUUUAUCCCUGCUAUGUUAUGUCGAAAUACAAAAAUGGAGAAUGAAGAUGAACAGAAACAUAAUACAAAUGAUGCUGGUACAUCAACGAACUGUGAUACUAAUGUACAUACAAAUGCGCAAAAUGAAGUCCAUAGACAACCAACGCCAAAUUUUAUGAUGGGUGGAUUAACCGGAGCAUCACCACCAAAAUUCGUGUCUUUUGAUGAAAUUGUUAAAGCUGCCAAUGGUAUGAAAAAUAUGGCCUUAGCGCACGAAAUCGCGGUAGAUGUAAACUUUCAGCUGCAAAAAUUGGAGCCUGAAGAUGGUAGUUUUCAUAGGCGAGUAAAAGAAAUAAUGCACAAAGCUUUUUGGAAUCUAUUAGCGGAGCAGUUGGCCGAAGAUCCGCCAGAUUAUUCGCACGCACUGGUUUUAAUGAAAGAAAUUAAAGAAUCACUGGAUGAACUGGUACCACUACACAAUGCAAAGAUUAAGGAAAAUAUUAGAGAAGUGCUUGAUUUGGACUUGAUCAAGCAACAAGCGGAGAAAGGAGUAUUAGAUUUUAAUCAUUAUGGGCAAUACAUAAUCUCCAUUAUGAGUAAAAUAUGUGCGCCAGUGAGAGAUGAGAAAAUCAGAGAGCUAUCACAGCAGGUGGACAUUGUUGAGACAUUCAAGGGUGUCAUGGAAUUGCUGCAGUUAAUGAGAUUGGAUUUGGCAAAUUUUACCAUUACGAUGAUGAGACCGAAUAUUAUUGCUUCGAGUAUAGAGUACGAAAAAGCCAAGUUUGCCGAUUUUUUAAAGAUUAAUUCAAAUGGCUUGCAAUAUACAGAAAAAUGGUUACUAAGACAUUUCGAUGCAGAAAAAGGCACAGGUUCAUCGAGUACUGGUACUAAUAAUGUAAGACAAAUUACUCAUUCUUUAUUAACGGAGGCGUAUCUCGACCUCCUGGAAUGGGAUUUCAACCCGGACGCCGAGACAUUGAUGUUGGAUCAAGGAAGACUUUUGGAAUUGCGUGACAUAACUAGUAGAUUGAGCAUCGUCGGUUCUGUGAUAUUAUUGGUUAAUAAUACAAUUGGUGCUCCAAUUCAUGGGGUUUCGAGCUUUAAAAAGAAUAUCAAAGAACACUUGAAUGCACUGUUGGAUUCUAUACAUUCAAACAAAGAUCUAGAAGCUGCAAUACCAAAUAUUAUACUACAAGUAAAAACAGAUGUAAAAACAACAUUACAAGAAAUCAAUGCUGCCGAGUUGUCACCAGAAUUAGAAACGCUAUUAGAAGGUCAAAUAGCCGAUCUUAUAGAUCCAAAACAUAAGAUCAGAUAUCUCGUCAGUCUACGAAUUAGACAGUUCCUACAGAAAAUUAUUCAAUCGCAAUCCACUGCGCCCCAACAAGUACCACCAGGCCUCUCUUCAUUGCAAGAAGAAUUAACGGCCAUUGCUGCCCGAUUUGUAAUACUUGUUUCGCAUAAUCGCAGCGUAUUUUGGGAGUAUUAUCAAGAUAUUGUUGCAAACGUGCUUGCGAAAAGCGACGUUGACAAUAAUAAAGAGAUACAUGGAACACAUACUAUGGAAUUGUAAAAAGGAUAAAUAAUGUUAAUAUAAAUAAUGUUAAUACA